AUGGUCACGACGGUUACGUUAGUGUCGCGACUAGGUCUCCACAACAUCUGACGUCUGGCUGUUUAACUUUAGAAGGCAGCCCUGCGGUAGUAAUUUACUGUCAUAAUAAAAAAUAGCCCGAGAUGGCUCACAACCACGGCUACCUAUGUGAAACUCACGAGGUUAUUACUCAGGACGGUUUCGUACUGAGUGUCCACAGACUACCAGGUGGUCGGGUCAGCAAAAAGAACGCUUCAUUGACACCCGUCCUGCUUCAGCACGGCUUGCUAGACAGCUCCGCUGACUGGCUCAUCGCUGGUCCCGGAAAAGCUCUAGGGUAUGUUUUGGCAGACCAGGGAUAUGACGUCUGGAUGGGUAACGCUAGAGGUAACAUCUACUCAAGGAAACACCAAACCCUACAUCCUGAUAACACCAGGUUCUGGGACUGGACAUGGCACGAGAUGGGCACCUACGACUUGCCAGCUGUGAUAGACCACAUUCUGAAUGUGACCGGUCACAGACAAAUCUACUAUGUUGGUCAUUCUAUGGGAACAACCAUGUUCUUCGUUCUCUGUUCCAAGCGGCCUGAAUACAACGGAAAAGUAAAGUACAUGGCGGCCAUGGCCCCUGUUGCCUACAUGCUUCAUACUACAAGUCCGAUAAGAUAUCUCUCAAGAUUCGCUCAUAGCUUUGAGAUAAUCUACGAUUACUUUGGCCACGGGCAAUUUCUACCGAGGAAUCAAUUUGUUGACGACAUUCUCAAAGCUGCUUGUGAAAUGUUCGAGUUUGAAGAGAAGAUAUGUGAGAACUGGCUUUUCGUCAUAUGCGGACAUGAUCCUGCUCAGUUUGAGAAGAAACUUCUGCCGCUUAUUUUGGGGCACAAUCCAGCUGGAACCUCUACCAAAACCCUCGUCCACUAUGCUCAAGAAAUAAAGUCUGGGAAAUUCCAACAAUUCGACUAUGGUAGUUCCAAAAACCUUGUGAAGUACAACACCACCGAUCCACCACAGUACAAUCUGUCGCUAGUUACUGUACCAAUAUCUCUGCAUUGCGGGGACAACGAUCUCCUUGCCAACCUGCUUGACGUACAAGAGUUGUUCAAAGGUCUGGCCCAACCUGUAGGAAUGUACCUGGUCAACUUUAAGGGGUGGAACCAUCUGGACUUCUUGUGGGGACGAGACGCGCCAACGCUGGUAUACGAUCAGAUCGACAAGCUCUUCAGACGCUACUCUCAUCCAGUAGAGUUCUGACGGAAACUAAUCCAACAGCCAACAACUCCGACAACAGUCAUCUGACGACCAACCUAACGAUUGCAGAGAUUUCUCUGACACAGGGUCGCUUUAGAAAAUGGGCUCGUGUCCAAUAUCACAGCGGAUUUAGGUCUAUUGUAUGGCCUUUAAUGAUUUUCGUUACGUACGCUUUUUCUUCUUUUUCUUUAUAUCUUAAAAUUAAUAGGUUGUGUCAAAGAAAUGGGUUGCUUAUUCUUAAUGUUUUGCAAACUACAUAAUGAGGAAGAUGUUGCUUAGAAAGUAUAGUAAAGUAUCUUAAUUUUCUUAUCACGAUAUGUAUAAAUCUUGAGUCUACUUCAGUUUUAAUGUACCAUCAUACAAUAAUGUUUUUGUAAAUUAAUAUUCUUCGGUUUGUAAAUUAACGGACACAAGUUCUAGUUGAGGCUCAGAUUGUUGUCCUACUUUUAUGAGCAAAAUCUACUUAAUAUGUUAUUCAAUAAAUAAAAUUUAUGGCUGAA